UUAAGGUUCUAGUAUGUCACAUAUUGUGUUUACAGCUUUUUAGUUGCCCCCAAGUGGCAAAAAAUCAAUUAAUUUAGUUUGAAGUCUUUCAUAAAUCAUAGCGUCGCCCGUUUAGCCGUUAAAUUAAACUCACGUAGUAAAACUUACUCCAUCAACCAGUGUCCCGUCUCGCCGGUUCACUGAGCAGCUCUGACAUCCUAGUUGCGCCUUUAAAAAGCAGACAGCGCCGGUGAUGAUCAUCCACGGGGCCGCUGUGAGUCGUGAUGUACCUUCGUGAGCUGGGUGUGUGUCAUCUCUGACGUUACUGGCCCGCCUACAUCGCCCCCUGUCUCCCCCGGUGACACACACACUCUCUCCGGCGGUGAAGAGGAGAGGGCACCGCAUCCGCUGCUCCGAACGCGGGUCCUCACUGGCAUGGACACCGGGGGAGAGCACUGAUCAACCAGGAACCAUGCCUACUGCUCUCGGUGGCAAAGGGAAACUUUCCGUUGUGUGUUUUCUACUCAGAUGCGCAUAUUCUCAGGUAACAAGAAGCCAACACAACAGUAGUGCCAAAGACAUUCUUGAGGACAUGACUCAGUCCUGGCCGUCCCAGCAAGCCUUAAGGGGUGACCAGGCCCAGCGAAUCCUCUACACCCCUAAGGAAACAAAACUACCGACUGCACAACAAAGGCAAAGUCGGGGGGAUGUUCAGCUGCGAAUGACCCGUCACCCUUGCGUGGCACCUCACAAAUCCAUGCUUGCUGAUGACUUGAAGCUGAGCAGUGAUGAUGAUGACACUCAAAGGGCCACUCAUGAGUCAGCUUCCUGGGAUGGAAACAGCCUGUCAGCACAGCGAGCGCACACACAUGGCAGGCGAGUGAGACAUUCCAGCUCAGACUCCUCUGGCUCUGACUCCACGGCUGAGUCGGGCAGCAGCAGCCUUCACUCCCGGAGCCCCAGCCGAAGCCCAGACGUCCAGCCAGAUCCUGCGUCGCCUGCCAACGUGCAGCCACCGUGCAGCAGCAAGGAGACUGAUCACCCCUCGGCAGCCCAGUGGCAGCUUGAUAAAUGGCUGAAGAAGCCCCGCAAAAAAUUUGCCAGCAGUGACCAGGAUCCCUCCCAAAGCUUUCCAGGACGCCUUCCUUCUCCCAACACACAAAGGGCCCCAUCUCCAGACAGGUCCUGGGACAGCAAUCAGGAGUACAGCCCGAGCCAGAGUCCCAUCCCCAGCCCACAGUUCAACUACAGCCACAACAGCCCGUUACCCAGCCCGGGUUACAGCUACUGCCCCAGCCCCAGCCCAUUUCCAAGCACCUGCCCAAGUCCGAGUCCUAGCCCUAGCCCGAGGCGCAGCCCGAUCCCCAGUCCGGUUCCAAGUGUUUGCCCCAGUCCGUGUGGCAGCCCGAGAGCCAGCCGUAGCCCGAGCCCGAUACCCAGAGACCCUCCGAGAAGCCCCAGUCCAAGUUUACCUGCUCCUUCCAGGGUUCGACACCACCCCGAGGUUCAGACAACACAACCUAGCCUGACGCAAACAAAAAAACACAGGUCAUGGAUUACCCCACUGCCUAAAACCAAGCCUACAAACAGCACUCAUCCUCCUUCAGCUCAUCAGCACAGGCCCAAGACUCGACCCGCGCGUGACCAAGACCAAAGCAAACCCAAGACUGGUUUAAACCCUGUCCCCUCAGCUAACCACAAAUCUAGACCCAAGCCUAACUUUCAUCCAAGUUCUAAACAACCCUCUGAAGCUCCCAAAACUAAACACAUUUCACAUUUUGAGCAAAUCCAGAGUAGCAAACCCAACCACAGUUCCAAACACAAGCCCAGGCCUUCGUUUCAGUCCAGCUCACAGCACAGCCCCACAAGAGCAAAAAACUCAGCUCCCACUGGUCGUGAAACCAACUCGAGUCAUUCCCAAUCUAACUCUAAAGCUGCUACUAAUCCCAACACUGGGUUUAACCCUAAAUCAAACCCUAGCCUAAAACACAGGGCCAAGUCUGUGGAGGCCACAGCUCCUGUGCAUGUUAACCACACAAAAACACCACAGAAGAAACCCCAGUCCAGGGAGCAGGAGGUGGAACACAGAGGAGAUCAAGCAGAGGGGAGAAAACACGAGAGAAAAGAGGAGAGACAUCGGGAAAAACAACAAGGGAGACAGGAGAGAAAGGAAGACAGGAGGCUGGCGGAGGAGCAGCUACUGAGACGUCCCUGGAUCCAUAGUUCGGCGGAAGAAGAGGAGGAGGAGGAGGAGGAAGAGGAGGAGGAGGAAUUGAUAGAAAAGCAGAGGAGGAGAGAGGAGACAGCAAGAGGGGAGGACAGGAGGAGGAGGGAGCAGGAGCACAGACACGAAUGGCAAACAGUCCAGACCAAACAGAGACUGCCCACCGAGCGACACCGCCUUCAAGACAACUCACACCAUCACGGGAGGACAAAAAAGGGAGGGAGAAGUGAGGAGGAGCGAGAGCAAGAUCCAUCACCUCCUCUGUCAUGUUCCCCAACUCCUCACAGAUCCUCCUCCUCGCCCUCCACCUCCUUCUCUUCGAAUUCAGAUUCAGAAUCUGAAUAUCAGGCUCCGAUCUCCAAAGUCCCAGCAGACUCUACCUCUCACAAGAAACUCCCUAAGAGAGGGCAGCACGGCCCGGAGAGGCCUGACGCCAACAGGCCGAAGGCGGUUCACCCCAGAGGAGCCACUGAGGCGCCGCAGAGCGAGGGGAGGCAGAAACUCUACACCCUGGUCCCGUUUGGACGAGCUGAAAAAGCUACAGCGCCAUCCCAGCGAGGGCUCAGAAAUCUGGUGGUGCAGAUAAACCUCUGUCUUCUCAAAAGGGUCCCAGACAGCACGACCAGUUCCCCUGUUAAAAACCCCUCCUCUUCCUCCUCCUCUUCAUCCAACAAGGACAAGAAAAGAGAGGAUAUGAAACACCUGUAUGUCCCUGAGACUGUGACAAAAGAUGGCAAAAGGAAACGUAAGUUGGAGAACGGUGUGUCACACAGAGAAAGCAAGAGGAGUAUUUCUUACGCUAAUGAGCCCUCCGGCCACACAGAGUCUUCGUCACACACAGCUGAGCGCAACUUUGUGACCGAGACAACACACAAUGGGUACUUGGAAGAGUACUUGGACAGCAAGAGGCCGUUGUCUCCCUUGUCCCCUCUGUCUGACAGCCCCGAGUCCACUAAGCCACCCUCUAAAACAAAAACUUCAGAGCAGCAUCACUUCAACAAGAACAGAGACAAGAAUAGAGAUUCUGCGAUAAAGCCCAAGAUGGAGGUGGAAUGUGUAAAAGUGUCCAAACAGCCUCAACCACCGUCCGAGUCCUGGGGCCCUGCAGGACACAGGGGGACCGUGCCAAACCAUGAAACUCCACACCAUGCUGAAUACUACUUACAUGAAGCUAAAAGGAUGAAGCACCGUGCAGACGCAAUGGUGGACAAGUUGGGGAAAGCUGUGAACUACGUCGACGCUGCUCUGUCCUUCAUGGAGUGUGGGAAAGCGAUGGAAGAAGGGCCACUGGAGGCCAAAUCUCCUUACACCAUGUACUCAGAGACAGUGGAGCUCAUUAGGUACGCAAUGAGGCUGAAGAGCCACUCCGGCCCCGGGGCGAGACAGGAAGACAAACAGCUGGCGGUUCUGUGUUUCCGAUGCCUUGCCCUCCUUUACUGGCAGAUGUUUCGUUUAAAGAAGGACCACGCACUGAAAUACUCCAAAGUUCUGCUCGACUACUUCAAGAGUUCUCCCAAAGUGCCUUCAACACCACCCUGCUGGAGUGACUCUGGGAAGGGUGCAGGAGGACCCCCGUCUUCACUCUCACCCGAUGCAAAACACCUCAGCCGGGGUUCACACGGGGGCAACGCCUUCCCCUCUCACAUCAGCAUUCCCCAACGCAUCCAUCAGAUGGCAGCAAAUCACCUGAACAUCACCAACAGUGUGCUGUACAGCUAUGAGUACUGGGUGGCAGACAACCUCGCAAAGGAGAAUAAAGAGUUCUUCAACUACUUGAAUACGCUGUCUGGGCCAUUGACUCUUCACAGUAGCAUCGCUCACGCUGUCCAGUACACCAGACAGGCUCUUCAGUGGAUACGCAUUAGUGCCAAACUAAACUAACAAACAGAAGAUUUACUGUAACCCGCCCAUUGGCUCUUCAAGCCUCAUUUAGAGGAGACAAACUCUGGAUCUCUAUGCAGCUGACUGGACAGCACUGAUACCUACUGAGCUGUGGAUCAAAUCCCACUGAGCGUGAUCAUCCUCAUAGGAUGCUGGGGUGCUUACUGUGUGCAAAGCCUUCUGAAGGAGCAUCGUCUCACAGAUGAACUACAUUCUUCCUCAUCAUUGGAUUAAUCUGAGGAGUCGUGCGUGCUAUGGAUUUGAAGUCUGAUCAUUUGCCAAAUGUCCUACGGUGACAGAAACAGAACUUUAGUGCAGUUAUAUGUGCAAUUUCACAUGUGAAUCCUUUUUAAUACUUUGGAAUUAGUAAUUAACCGACAGACUUUUUUCUAUGCGGCCAAAACUGGAGAUGAUGCUGAAAAAAAACAAUCAUACAACACUUUCUCCAAAGCGGGAAAGACGUCUUCAUCUUUUUCUAAUGAAGUUUUACUGACUCUUCUUUUUAAAACUCUGAUGUUUUUACUUUUAUGUGUUUUUACUGUGCAAUAUUUGAUGGCUUAUCUGUUUCUAGAAAAAAAACUGGAAAAAAUGGUGAGUGUAGUUGUCAACAUUCACAGUUCUUUUUUUAAUGCAAAAUGUAUUUUCGUCCCUGUUUUGCGUGUUGAAUUAUGUAAUUUAAUGAACAAUGAAGGUUAAGAGGUCACUCACUUCUGA